AUGCGUUGGCUGGACGAGCAGCCGGCGAGGUCAGUGAUCUACGUCGUGUUCGGGAGCGAGGCGUCGGCGCCGCUGACACGCCGCCACGUCCGCGAGCGAGAGCUGGGGCUAGAGCUCGCGGGCGCGCGGUUCCUCUGGGCGCUGCGGGGGCCAAGCGCCGCCCUGCUCCCGGACGGGUUCGAGGAGCGCGUGGGCGGGCGCGGCGUGGUGCGCGUGGGGUGGGUGCCGCAGGUGCGCAUCCUCGCGCGCGGCGCGGUGGGCGCGUUCCUGACGCACGCUGGGCUGAGCUCGCUCACGGAGAGUUUCCUAUUCGGCCACCCGCUGGUGAUGCUGCCGCUGUCCCUGGACCAGAGCGUGACGGCCCGCGGCAUGGAGGAGAGGGGCGUCGCCCUGGAGGUGCCCAGGGACGAGGGCGACGGGUCAUUCGGCAGGGACGACGUGGCCACGACGGUGCGGCGGGUGAUGGCGGAGGGCGGGGAAGGGAAGGCGUUCGCGCGCAACGCCAGGAAGCUCCAGGCGGUGCUCUGGAACAGAGCGAAGCAGGACGAGUAUUACGUCGACGAUCUGGUGGACCACUUGCUGCGCCUGCGCCUGUGA